AGAGCAGGCACAAUGAAUGGUCCUGUUCAGAUUUUAGUUCCUGUUUUGGAUGGCAAAAAUUACAACCGGUGGUGUGUGCAAAUGAGGGUGCUUUUUGAUUACCACGAAUUGCUAAGUGUAGUGGAAAAUGGAGUUGCUGAAAUUGCAGAAAAUGCUAAUGAUGCCCAAAAGCAUGCCUACCGUGAGAGUAAGAAAAAGGACAAGAAGGCAUUAUAUUUCAUCCAUCAAGGGGUGAAUGAUGAAGUGUUUGAGAAGAUUGAAGAUGCAGCUACAUCAAAGCAAGCAUGGGAUACCCUGAUGACAGCAUACAAAGGUGCGGAGAAAGUCAAGAAGGUAAAGCUCCAAACCUUAAGACGUCAAUAUGAGCUCCUACAAAUGGAGUUUUCUGAACUUGUUGCGACUUAUAUAAAUCGAGUUCUUGCUUUGACAAACAAAAGUAAAGUAUAUGGAGAGGAGUACAGUGAGCAGGCCAAAGUGGAGAAAAUUUUGCGGAUUGUGGUAGCAAUAGAAGAAGCCCAUGAUUUGUCCCAGAUGACUGUUGAUGAGUUGUCAGGUGAUCAAGGUGGUGAAACUAGUCAAAAGCAUGGUGGUUCUCGUGGAAGAGGACGAGGACGUGGUUUCUACUUCAACAAAGGUCGUGGAGUAGGAGGCAAUGACCAAGGAAAAUCAAACUUUGGCUAUCAGCAAAAUUCAAGAGGCCAUGGCCGUGGCAGAGGAAGGUAUGACAAAUCCAAUGUUGAAUGUUACAAUUGUCAUAAAUAUGGCCAUUAUUCCAGUGAGUGCAGAUACAAGGAUAAUACUCAGAAGGCUCAUUUUGUACAAGGAGAUGAUGAUGCUGACAGUAGCCAUGCUCUCCUGAUGGUCACUGCUGUUGGUGAAACACCAAACUUUCACACAUGGUUCCUUGACACUGGUUGUACUAAUCACAUGAGUGGCAAAAGGGAGCUAUUUGCUGAUCUUGAUGAGUCCUUUCGCACAAAAGUGAAAUUUGCUGAUGAUAGAACUAUACCAAUAACUGGAAAAGGAAGAAUUCUCAUCAACUUGAAGAAUGGAGAUCACAAGUACAUUUCAGAUGUGUUCUAUGUUCCAGGCAUGAAGAGCAAUUUGCUAAGUGUGGGUCAAUUGCUUGAAAAGGGGUAUGUUAUGAGCCUGCGUGAUGAUCAAUUCUCCAUUCUAGAUGAGCAAGAACAGGGAAUCAAGCAUGAAAUCACUUUUCCUUACACUCCGCAGCACAACGGAGUUGCUGAACGGAAGAACAGAACCAUAAUGGAUAUGACGAGGAGCUUGCUGAAGGCAAAAGGAAUGCCCAAUUCAUUUUGGGGUGAAGCUGUUUCUUGUUCUGUUUAUUUGUUGAACAGAUCUCCAACAAGGAGUGUCCAAAAUAUCACCCCUGUAGAAGCUUGGAGUGGUUUCAAGCCAAGUGUGAAACAUUUGAAGGUGUUUGGGUCUGUUGCUUAUGCUCAUAUUCCCGCAGAGACAAGGACAAAGCUAGAUGAUCGAGCAGAGAAGAUAGUUUUUAUUGGCUACAAGCGUGGUGGGUACAAGCUGUUCAAUCUUGACACAAAGAAGGUGAUUGUCAGUCGAGAUGUAACAUUUGCUGAAGAAGAAGCUUGGAAAUGGGAUGUUGAUACCCAUAAAGUUGAUGAUGAAGUUGAUGAUGAUGGAGAAUUGGUACACUUUGCUUUCUUUGUAGAUAGUGAACCGGUGACAUUUGAGGAGGCAAUUCAAGAUCCUAGAUGGGUAAACGCAAUGAAUGAGGAGAUCAAGGCAAUUGAAAGGAACAAUACAUGGGUUCUCACUGAUAUUCCACAAGCUCACAAAGCAAUUGAUGUCAAGUGGGUUUUCAAGACAAAGGUGAAGUCAAAUGGCGAGGUAGAAAGGUAUAAAGCGAGAUUGGUGGCAAAGGGAUUUGAGCAGAGGCUUGGCUAUGAUUUUCAAGAAGUCUUUUCUCCUGCUGCUCGAAUGGAGACUAUCAAACUUAUAGUUGGUCUGGCUGCACAAAAUCAAUGGAAAAUCCACCAAAUGGAUGUGAAGUCAGCUUUUCUAAAUGGCCCACUUGAAGAAGAGGUAUAUGUCAAGCAACCUCUUGGAUUCAUGAAACAAGGAAGUGAAGAUAAGGUGUACAGGUUGAAGAAAGCAUUGUAUGGUCUCGAACAAGCUCCACGAGCAUGGAACAAGCAUGUCGAUUCCUUAUUCCUCCAAGUCGGUUUUGAAAAGUGUCCCUCAGAACAUGCUUUAUAUGUGAAGGUUAAUAAUUCUGGUGAUAUAUUGUUGUUGUGUUUAUAUGUGGAUGAUCUAAUAUUCACAGGCAAUAACCCCACAAUGAUCGAAGAUUUCAAGAAGUCCAUGAUGGGUGAGUUCGAAAUGAUUGAUCUUGGGCUCAUGUCAUAUUUUCUGGGCAUGGAAGUAGUUCAAAGAAAAGAUGGAAUUUUUAUCUGCCAAAAGAGGUAUGCUAUUGAACUCUUGAAGAAAUUCCAUAUGCAAAAUUGUAAUUGUGUAAGAACUCCUAUGGAAGUUGGUACAAGAUUGUCAAAAAAUGGAGAAGGGGCACCGGUUGAUUCAACUUAUUUCAAACAAAUUGUUGGGAGUUUAAGAUAUCUUACAUGCACAAGACCAGACAUCUCUUAUGGUGUUGGCCUAAUUAGCAGGUUCUUGGAAAAUCUGCAGCAAUCUCAUAUGCAAGUAGCCAAGAAAAUCAUGAGGUACUUGAAAGGUACUCUUAAUUAUGGUUUGUUUUAUUCUUCAACAGACAAUUGUGCUAUUAUAGGCUAUUUAGAUAGUGAUUGGGUUGGAGAUCUAGAUGAUCGAAAAAGCACCUCUGGAUAUUGUUUCAAUUUUGGUGCUACCAGCUUCUCUUGGUCAUCUAAAAAGCAAUCUGUUGUUGCUCUAUCAACCUGUGAAGCAGAGUAUGUUGCUGCAGCAUCAAGUGCAUGUCAGGCAAUCUGGUUGCUCAAUUUAAUGAACCAGAUUUAUGCUCUAAUGAAGGAACCAAUGAAGAUUUUUGUUGAUAAUGUUUCUGUAAUAGACUUGGCAAAGAAUCCUAUCACACAUGGAAGAAGCAAACACAUCGACGUCCGAUUUCAUUUUUUGAGAGAUCAAGUUGGCAAGAAAGCAAUUGAGUUGGUUUACUGCAAAUCGGAAAACCAAGUAGCAGAUAUCCUCGCCAAACCUUUGAAGUUUGAAGCUUUUAUCAAAUUAAGGAGUAUGCUUGGAAUGACUACUUUGUCGAAUCAGGAUUAAGGGGGAAUUGUUGGUUUGAUAAUCCUGAUCCCAUUGCUGUUUUAUUAUCACCUAUUAUCUAGGAACCAGUUUGUUUAUUAGCUACUCUUUAGGACUUAGUGCA